CUUCUCCAGAACCUGAACUAGACACGCUAGGAACAGAUGAGGGUUUAGUGCAUGUGCAGCAGAGCUGUUGAUGGAAAGAAAAUCCUUCAUUCAAACAGAGUCUGUGACAGUUGGAUUUGCAGAGAUUUUAAAGGAGACAUAUUAAGAAAUGCAAAAACAAAAGGAUUUAUUAUUACAAGUUUUCUCUUUCAUAAGAAAAAUUCCACGCAGACAUGUUAAAAACUUGAGAUUUUCUCGUCUCCUGUUGACCUCUGAUCUGUUUUCACAGGCCAGAUCACUUCGCCGCAUGGACUAUAACAUGUAUGCCACAAAGAAGAGUGCCGCUCAGAGCAUGCUGGACGUUGCUCUGUUGAUGGCUAACUCGUCCCAGCUGAAGACCCUCCUGUACGUGGGACCACAGUACCGCUUCUACAUCCCCCUAAUUGUGCUGCUGGCUCUGUCUAUGACCCUACAGGUCGUAGUGGGGCUCUUGCUUGUCUUCAUAGCCAAGUACAAUCUGAAUGAUGAACGGAAACACCCCAAACUGGAGAGGAUGAACAACGCUGCCACCGUCUUCGUCUUCUUCACCGUCCUCAUCAACAUCUUCAUCACAGCACUGGGAUUUCAGGGCAGCACUGUCAGGUGGGCCCUCAGUGAAUACAAACACCAGGCUUUAUUUAUUUUUUUUCUGACUUCUUUUUUUCCUCUCCCAGCCCCGCAUCGUCAGCCCCCGUUCAAAUGUCUGUACCAAACUUCAUCCCCCUUCCUGUUGACCUGAACAACACAGGAGGACAUUAGAGCCCUUUUGGACCAAACCUCCACCGACCUUGACUGGUCCAUGUUUCAGCAGCAGGAUGCUUGGACUCUAAACACUUCCUCUUCCAGACUAAUUUUUGUGAAGAGGUUAUGGCAGCAAAGAUUUGUUCGCUUCAUUAAAGAUAACCCAAAUCUGAUUUUUUAUUUCACUGUAGUUUCAACCCAGCAAUACUUUUUAUUUUUUUCUCUUUCUCUAAAAUAAACAAACUGUAAUAUUUUCCUUUUGAUACAAAUUCAGAAGUUCUGUAGUUUUGUUCAAUGUGCUAAAAGUGUGUACAACCUCAUCACUCCAACAUGAGUCACUUCUUAGCUAAAUGCUCAAAGAAUGAAAAAAAUCAAAAACAUUUUUUGAUUAUUUAUUUAAUUCUAAGUAUUUCAAAGGAAUAAUUAAAGAUGCAGUAACCUUU